UCCAGCUGACAUAAAUAAUGUUUGUGAGGGAAAUAAUAAAGUAAAGAGAGUCAAAAGGGAAAAGAUGGAAGUAGAGGAGGCUCCAGUUCAACUUCCAGAAGACACUAUUGCGGUGGAGCUAAAACAAGAGAAUAAAGCAAAACAAAAAACACCUAAAGCCGAGACGACAGAGGAGGUUCCAGUUUCACCAAAAGAUCCAGACGAGGAAGAGGACUUGAGUCCAGAGGAGAGGCGAGUUCUGGAGAGAAAGCUGAAGAAGAUCAGGAAAAAAGAGGAAAGGGCGCGUCUGAGAGAACAGGGGAUUAUUCUACCUAAACCUAAAAUCACUCCUCGACCUUCCAAGGCUUCCAAGAUAGCCUUAGAUUACCUCACCUGCUGGGCUGAAAAUCGUGAAGAGUGGAAGUUCCAGAAAAUCCGACAGACGUGGUUAUUCCAGCACAUGUUUGACUCUGAACAGGUUCCAGAUGAAAAGUUCUCUUUGAUGCUGGAGUACAUAGAAGGCCUGCAAGGUGGAGCAAGACAGACCACAGUCCAGAAGGCCUUAGUCUUGGUGGAAGAAUCAGGACAAGAGGAUCCAGAUGUCCAGAAGAGGGCGCAAAGAGCUCGAGAUGUUAUCCAGAUGCUUGCUUGAGUUUUCACUAAAAACUGAUGAGAUUGUCCUGAU